CCAGCACCAGCACCAGCAGCAGCAGUAGGCGCCCAUCACCCGGAACAACAGCGUAUCCGCAGCGUCCGUCGUGUCGUGUGUCCGUGUUUGUGUGCGGGAAUAAUAUCGUCACGGCGUGAGCGCUUCCCUGAGACUCUUUUGCUGGGCUAUUGCUUCGUUUCGUUUCAUUCGCCUCGGGAUCGAUUUUCUUCGGACCUAAACCUGAACCUGAACCUGACUGACUGACUGACAAUACAGUUCCCCCAUACAUACCCUCACCUACCGCUCCCCCCGUGCCCCCCCAGGAGCAUCCAGCACAGUGCGUGUUGCGUGUUUGGUUUGGUCGCAGAUCGCAGAAACAUCGAGCAUUGCACCGGAUUUUGGAGCUUGCAGCAGCGAGCAUGGAGUAGAGGCGACCUCACGACGAGUGUACUGACUGGUCGAUGGCAGUAGUCAGCGUUCUGUCCUGUUGAGUUUGAGCAGCAGCAGCAGUCGCGUAGCUCUCCACAGCCAGGGGAUGGAUCCCUAGGAGGGUGAGGGAGAGGCGCUAAGCAGUUGCAGCACACCAUUAGCAGCGCUUCAUCUUCAAACGCAGCAUCUUCAGCGCAGACACACAUCCGCUCGCUUGCAACUUGCUCGCUCGCUCGCUCUGCUCGGCUGAUGGAUACGGCGGUGCUCAUCUCCUGUCUGGCGCUGGUCGGCACGCUCCUGAUCGUGCUGCUGCUGCUGUGCCGGCUGGUGCAGCCGUACGACAUCGCCUGGUUCCUGUCGAACCGCGAGGACAAGCUGAACCUCUCCAAGAUGCGGCUCUACAACGCGAACGGCUAUCUCAUGCACUCCGGUUCCGAGAUUCUGCUCGGUUCGACCGGCAGCUUCCGGCGCUUCGACUCGGUCGAUCGGGACUACAAACCGCAAUACCACCACCACCAUCACGGGCAAGGUCCAGGCAGCGCACCGUCGGCAGCGACGGUGGUAGCAGCGGCAGCGGGUGGUGCAGUCGUGGUGCCACCCUGGCGGCACUCGAUCGACGACACGACGGACACGAUACCGCCGCAACCCCUCCGCCCAGCACCGUCACCGCGCGAGGCGAAGCUGUCCCGAAGCGAGAAGCCCAUCCACCGCCAAACAUCGGAACCGAAACCGGCGUCCCGGUCGAUCAUUAUCUCGCCCAUACCGCGCCCGGUACCACGAAAGCAGCACUCGGCACCGAUUUCCUUUCCUCUGCCCCUGCUGGCGUCACCGCGCGACAAACGGACCAACCAGCCAGCCGGGCCAACCACCCUUACCACCUCCACGAACCCGUUCGUCGUCCAGGAGGAGGAAGAUGGUCCGCUGCUCGGUGAGGACCGACGACCGCCGGUGACUCGUGGGACAACGGUUCGAGCACGACCACAACCAUCACCACUAUCACCACCAGCAGCAGCAGCAGUACGUAGCCCUUCCCUUCGAACACCACAAACCAGUGGCAGUGUGUCGGUGUUCCGUUCAGCGCUCAAGUCGGCCAACAAUCCCUUCCUGCUCGAUUCACCGACGCUCGCCCUCAACCGGCACAAUCAACAAAACACCAACCAGCAACCACAGCAGCAACAGCAGCAGCAGCAGCAGCAGCAGCAGCCGGCGUCCUGCGUGUUCAACUUCGAUCCAGCAAUGGUGCACUCGUUGUUUAACCGGCCCGUACCCGGCCUUGGAACGAUGGUUUCACCAACACCGCCACCGGUGCAGACGACGAUCGCUUCGACGCCGACGAUGACGACGACGACGACGUGUACGGUGGAGGAGGAUCCGCUACGGCGGGCGGAGAAGCGGCUCAGCAAGAUGGAGAACCUGCGGAAGAUGUCGCGGUUGAUCGAGAGCAAUCAGCUGCUGCUCAACAUCUACCAGCAGUUUAACCGCACGAUUACGGAGCAACCGGAGGAGACGGCGGGAGCUGGUGCUGGUGCUCGUGCUGGUGGUGGUGGUGGUACACCACCAUCACCGUCGCCACCGUCGGUGUCGCAGGCGGAGACCGCAGGCGAGACCACUUCGCCGUCGGCACCGAGCAGCACCGAACCGCCACCGCCACCGCCGUCGUCGUCCUCGUCGUCGUCGUCGUCGCGUCCUCCUUCUUCCGCAACCGUCGUGCAGCUGACCGGAAGUGGUGAGCUGGUGUCACCACCAGUGCGCCCCGCCGGUCACAACCGGUACCACGAUUCGCCCCGUACCGACGCGCUCGACUGCAUCCGCGUACCGACCGUGUCCCGUGGCAUCAAACACAUCCUCCGGAAUCGAUCCUUCUCCGAGACGGAGUUCAGCGAGCGGACACUGAUCAAAUCGUUUGCGCUGCUGGCCGAACAGGAGCAACCGGUCGGUUCAGCGCCACACACGGUAUCGCACCCUUCGUCCCAGCGUGAUCUAACCCGUGGGUACGUCACGAGUGUUGGUGGUGGAACCGGUUCCGGUUCCGGUUCUGGUUCUUCCGGUGCGAGCGAGAGAACCGCAACGGCUGGUAGCCAACGGUCGGUGUACCAGCACCGAGGUAGCAACGAGACGCUGCACAAGACGGUCUCGGAGUCGUUCCUCGGUCAGUACUUCUCCUUCGGUUCCGAGCGGUUCCGAAGCGGUUCGUCGACCGUGCUACCGUCGUCAUCGUGCGAGUCCGUCGCCUCGCAGUCAUCGGUCGUGUUUGCCGAUCUGGUGCACGCCGACCGUAGCCCGACGCAACCGGUCGCCGGUUACCUCUGCAUCGCGCUGCAACCGGACAAAAGCGGCAACACGGCCGGGAAGCAGGAGUCGGAGCUGGUCCUUACGGUGCAGGAGGCGAAGGACCUCGUCGCUGGUGCGGCCAGUGUGCCGACCAGCGAUUCAGCGACCGAGACGGAAACGUUCGUCCGUGUGUUGCUGCGGAGGGGGGCAGCAGCAGCAGCAAACGAGGACACAGUGCAGACCAAGGUCAGCCGGGGGCCCGCGAAUCGGGCGAGCUUCCACGAAACGUUCAGCUUCUGGAUCAACGCCAACGGGCCGACGGGCGGUAACGGCGAGCGGCCGACGCUCGCAUUCCAGGUGUACCAGAGUACGGCACCAGGCGCCUCCACCACCAGCAGCGGCUCGCACACACUCAUAGGUGAGGCGGAGCUGCAGCUGACCGACGCCAUACAGCGACCGCUGACCACCUGGUUGAAGCUGAGCGAUGCUAGCCGGUGCCGCCCUUGGCCCGACCUUGGCGAACUCAUGUUUUCCCUCAGCUACCUACCGACGGCGGAGCGGCUCACGGUGGUGGUGGUGAAGGCACGCAAUCUGGCCCUCAAAGCACCGCGGCACCCGGCUUGCCCAACCAAUGGCAACCGGCGGGACAGCCAGGCGGGAGGGGAACCGCAGGCGGAAACAACCGCCGCGGUCCCCACGGCGGACCCCCCGGACUCCGGUGGCAGCGUGUUCGUGAAGGUUUACCUGCUGCAGAAUGAUCAGAAGGUUUCGAAGAAGAAGACCUCGGUGAGGCGGGCGGAACGCUGUCCGAUCUACAACGAGGCGAUCAUCUUCAGCGUGCCACCCUACCUCCUGAAUGCCGUACAGAUACGCCUGUCGGUGGUGCAGAUGCUGAACCGAACGGAGGUGGUGUCCAACAACGGGACGCCGCCGCCACCGUCACUCGAUGCUGGGGAACCGAUGCUCGGUCGGCGCAAGUCCAGCAUCAAGCUGGUAUCGCUCGGGCACGUCAUCAUCGGUAGCGGUACGACCGGUAAGGCGCUGCGCCACUGGCACCAGAUGCUGACGGCACUCCGUAAGCCGGUAGCGAUGUGGCACGGUUUGCGCAGCUCCUCGGAUCGCAGCAAGCCGCCAGCCACCGAUCUCGACUCGGACCAACCACCCAAGGCACGCAGCGAAUGAUCGGUGCCAGGUGUACGCAGGAAUU